CAAGCCAGAGAAGCGUGACUCAUUCCUUCUUUGUCUCCAGGUCAUUAUCGUCAAUUCGCUAUAUAAUUUCUAGUAUAAAUCAAUAACCUGGAGCCCUAAUUCUCUCACAAUUUCAAUCAAAACAAUCCCUAAAAUUCUCUCAAAUCUCUAUCUCUCAAGAUGCAAAUUUUUGUGAAAACUCUCACUGGCAAGACCAUCACCCUUGAGGUGGAAAGCUCGGAUACUAUUGAUAAUGUGAAAGCCAAGAUCCAGGAUAAGGAAGGGAUCCCCCCAGAUCAGCAGAGGUUGAUCUUUGCUGGCAAACAGCUUGAGGAUGGACGAACCCUUGCUGAUUAUAACAUCCAAAAGGAAUCCACUCUCCACUUGGUUCUACGUUUGAGAGGUGGUAUGCAGAUUUUUGUUAAGACCCUCACUGGCAAGACAAUCACCUUGGAAGUUGAGAGCUCAGACACAAUUGACAAUGUCAAGGCCAAGAUCCAGGACAAGGAAGGUAUCCCUCCGGACCAGCAAAGGUUGAUCUUUGCCGGAAAGCAGCUCGAGGAUGGCCGCACCCUUGCUGAUUAUAACAUCCAGAAGGAGUCCACCCUCCAUUUGGUGCUCCGUCUUCGAGGUGGUAUGCAGAUUUUCGUGAAGACUUUGACUGGGAAGACCAUUACCUUGGAGGUAGAGAGCUCUGACACCAUCGAUAAUGUCAAGGCAAAAAUCCAGGACAAAGAGGGCAUCCCCCCAGAUCAACAGAGGCUUAUCUUUGCUGGCAAGCAGCUAGAGGAUGGGCGCACUCUGGCUGACUACAACAUCCAGAAGGAGUCUACUCUUCACUUGGUGCUGCGCUUGCGUGGAGGUAUGCAGAUCUUUGUCAAGACACUCACCGGGAAGACCAUCACCUUGGAGGUGGAGAGCUCUGACACCAUUGAUAAUGUGAAGGCUAAAAUCCAAGAUAAGGAGGGCAUCCCUCCAGACCAACAGAGACUCAUCUUUGCUGGGAAGCAACUUGAGGAUGGGCGCACUCUUGCUGAUUACAACAUUCAGAAGGAGUCCACCCUCCACUUGGUUCUUCGCCUCCGUGGUGGUAUGCAGAUCUUUGUGAAGACCCUCACUGGGAAGACCAUAACCUUGGAAGUUGAGAGCUCGGACACAAUUGACAAUGUUAAGGCCAAAAUCCAGGACAAGGAGGGGAUUCCACCAGACCAGCAGAGGUUGAUCUUUGCCGGGAAGCAGCUUGAAGAUGGAAGGACCUUGGCUGAUUACAAUAUCCAGAAGGAGUCCACUCUGCACCUCGUGCUUCGCCUCCGUGGUGGUUUCUAAACAGUGAUGAUGCUAGUAUUUGUGGUUCUGUUGGUGGUAACUGGCAAUUGUUAAAGGGAAUCUAUAAUGUUCUCGGAACUAUUUUAAGUAUGCUGUUUGGUUAUGGUUUCUGUCUGGUUUAAGGAAGUCAUAAACUCGUCUUUGAUUUACUGCAAUAAAUUUCCUCUUUUUAAUACA